AUGCUGCUCCGCAUCCGUCGUGACCCUCAUACGCUGUACCUCGCCUCCCUCUCGCACCACAAGUCUCCCCAGCCGACCCGCUCGUUCUUCUCCCGCAUGCCCCUCUACCGGCCAGUCCUCUAUCAGCUCAAAGGGCAGACACUCCCUCACACGGUCGAUCUCGCCCCGGCGCAGGCAUCGCGCCUGCACGCGGCUCUGAACUCGCCCGAUCCCACGCCCGCAGCCAUCGAAAUCCUCACCUCGGCCGGCCUCCUGCCCUCAGACCCCCUCCCGUUCGACCCCCAGCAGAUCCUCCGCGUGGAGAAGGCCGCCGACGUCGAUUUCUGUAUCGUCACCAAGCCGACCGAUACCGAAAUCGCCCCUCGCUCGCUCCUGAGCAGGCUGGUGGACCGGCUUGACAAGGCGCUCGACGAGCGCGACCACGAGCGCGAAGUCAUGACUAUCAACCAGCUCAAGCGGGACAAGGGAGCUAUGUUGCGGACGACUGUGCUCAACCUCGCCGCCGAACGGAACAUUAUCCUCAAAUGCAGGGCGCCGGCCGACUACGAGUCAGAGCUCGAUUACCUCGUCGCGGAGACGUCUCUUACAAACGUCCUGCUCAACCCGAUCCGGCUCAGGCCGAUUUGGCAGGGUUUCCACCAGUCGCGCCUGAACGUCGUCCGCCCGGAACUGAGCGAGGAGCGCUUCGGCAAGUGGGAGGCCUUCUCGCGGGAGGACAACAUCGCCGGAAUCCUCAAAGCAGCAAAGAUCGUCUCCGCACCCAUCCUUCACCUCGUCAAGCAAGACUUGGCCGACAUCUGCCCGUCCGCCAUCCAGAUCAAGGACUUUGAUCACACUGCCAGCAACGCCUACACUCACUACCUCGCCUCGCUCACCCCCAAGCACUAUCGCAGUCGCCGCCACCCGACCAAAAAGGCGCCAUAA